GCCGUGUCCGACUCUCGCUCCCCCAAAGACAAUGCUUCCGAGGCUCAUAGAUUUGUAUAAACAAGCCAGGCAGAUCCAAUACAUUGGCUGGUACGGAAUAUGGGUUGCUGCUUUGCUGGGAGUCUGGAUUAUCACACCGUUGGCGUACCAGCUUGCCGGUGGGCUGUCCAAUGCCAGCUCGCGGGAUCCCUUGGACGGCGUGUGGCCUGCGAGUUGCCGUGGCUCGUCCGGACUAUUGGCAUCGCCACCGCAUUCGAGCGAUCUUGUUUGGGAUGCUCUUUAGCACCAAUAUUUUUCUCCUAAUUUUGUCCGCCCGUGGCUGGGCCGACGUCCAGCAACGCGCGGCGAAGCUCGCCGUCCUGAACCUAUUGCCACUCAAUACGGGCCUGACCUUUGGCCUCCGGCCCAUCUGCUCGGACUCAGCCGCUCUGCCGUUACAUGGUCGCAUCACUAGUGGGGACGGGUGAUGGCCGCCCAUUCCCCUCUUCAUGGUCAUUGCCAUCGCCUCGCUGAGACAUGACUGGGUUCCCUUACUGGCAGCUACUGCCGUUCUUGUCAUGAUCCCCGUGAGCUUGCAUGCGGUUGUGCGACGGCACUGUCAGGUCGCCAUAAGAUUCCACUACUCUCUGGCGGUCACGACAAUGGCGGCCCUGGCGUAUGAUACGUGGGACCAAGGAUCGGAAUCCCGCUGGCAAGCGGUUGGUGCUGGGGCCCUAUGUAUCAAGCUGAGUGCCGUUGCCAUCUCUCAUGCCGUCUUGAUCCAACAAUGCUGGGGGGCGGAAUGGCCCACCGUGACCAUCCGUCCCUUUCAUGAGCUGCUUCGUAUCGACAUUACAGUGUCCCCCCAUUGACACAUCCGGCCGGCGCAGUACGUAUACCUCUGGUUGCCUCAUGCGAGAUUUCGCUCGUGCUUCCAACUCCAGCCCUUCUAUGUCGCUUGCUGGGAAAAUGCGCCCACCAGCGUCGGCAGCCCGCACUGUUGCUGAGGCCGUACGGCCGAUCGAUCGACUACACCCUGUUUGGGACGAUC